AUGCGGCUGUUCCGGUGGCUGCUGAAGCAGCCGGUGCCCAAGCAGAUUGAGCGCUACUCGCGCUUCUCCCCGUCGCCGCUCUCCAUCAAGCAGUUUCUGGACUUCGGGAGAGACAAUGCGUGUGAGAAAACGUCCUACAUGUUUCUGCGGAAGGAGCUUCCCGUGCGCCUGGCCAACACCAUGAGAGAAGUUAACCUUCUGCCGGAUAAUUUGCUGAACCGGCCUUCGGUGGGACUGGUCCAGAGUUGGUAUAUGCAGAGCUUCCUUGAACUUUUGGAGUAUGAAAAUAAGAGCCCUGAGGAUCCAAAGGUCUUAGAUAACUUUCUACAAGUUCUGGUUAAAGUCCGAAAUAGACACAAUGAUGUGGUUCCUACAAUGGCACAAGGAGUGAUUGAAUACAAGGAGAAGUUUGGGUUCGAUCCGUUCAUUAGCAGUAACAUCCAGUAUUUUCUGGACCGCUUCUAUACCAACCGCAUCUCCUUCCGAAUGCUUAUUAACCAGCACACACUUCUGUUUGGUGGUGACACUAAUCCUGCUCAUCCUAAACACAUCGGAAGUAUCGAUCCCACCUGCAAUGUGGCUGACGUCGUGAAAGAUGCGUAUGAAACCGCCAAGAUGUUAUGUGAACAGUAUUACAUGGUCGCUCCAGAGUUGGAAAUUGAAGAAUUCAAUGCCAAAGCCCCAGGCAAACCCAUUCAGGUAGUUUAUGUGCCCUCGCAUCUGUUUCACAUGCUGUUUGAGCUGUUUAAGAACUCCAUGAGAGCAACAGUCGAACUGUACGAAGAUAGGAAAGAGGCCCACCCAGCGGUUAAAACCCUCGUUACUCUGGGCAAAGAAGACUUGUCUAUUAAGAUCAGUGACUUAGGUGGUGGCGUCCCCCUCCGAAAAAUAGAUCGUCUUUUUAACUACAUGUAUUCAACUGCUCCCAGACCAAGCCUGGAGCCUACAAGAGCUGCCCCUCUGGCUGGAUUUGGCUAUGGCUUGCCAAUUUCUCGCCUGUAUGCUAGAUAUUUCCAAGGAGAUCUGAAACUGUAUUCUAUGGAAGGCGUGGGUACAGAUGCUGUAAUUUAUUUGAAGGCUCUUUCGAGUGAAUCCUUCGAGAGGCUUCCAGUGUUCAAUAAGUCAGCUUGGCGCCACUACAAGACCACACCUGAAGCCGAUGAUUGGAGCAACCCCAGCAGAGAGCCCAGAGACGCUUCUAAAUACAAGGCAAAACAAGACAAGAUCAAGACUAAUAGAACUUUCUAGAGAACUGAAUGCUUUGGUCCUCUCUGUGAAGAAAGAUCAUCUUCUGCAAGUCAACCUCUGAACUCCUUUCCUCUGCCAACUCUGAGCGUGACACCGUAGUUUUUCCAGUACUGGACUUUUUUCAGAGAAACUGUCAUGUAGCUACUUCAGACCUUCCAACUAAAGUAGUAAACUGCGUACCUUUUCCUUGUAUGUUGUGAUUUGGUUGGUGCCUGUCAUAGGAGAGCACAGAGCCUCGGGGGCGCUCUUGUGUCCUCAUGCCUCUCUCCUCAUUGUCAUAGAGUCCAGUGUCUACAGUGUCCCCGGGGUCCUAAGCUCCUUCCUCAUUCCACAUACAGCAGAUCUGUACUGUUGCGCUUGGUGACCAAAUACCAUGUUUGUCCCAAACCACCAACUGAGGCCUGGGGAGCCUGGGACUGAAGCCGUCAGCUGAGCGCCUUGAUUCAGCCCCAGGGCCCCCCUCUCUCACGCCCCCCUCCUCGCUCUCUGAGAGUCUGGCCUUCUGCCAUCUGCUUGUGUUCUCAUUGUGAGGUGCGUGUACUUUUGCAUUCCGUCUUCAAUGCAUUGGUUUAUUUUUAAAUUCACUUGUAUACCUCUCUUCUGUCCAUUAAACCAUUCUAAAAGUU